AUGAGCGUGACGCCCUUUAACCUCCCGACCAAAGCCUGCCACAAUUGCCGGAAGCGACGAUGGAGGUGCGAUCGGUCGCUGCCAAGCUGCCAGAAAUGUUUGUCAGCCGGGACAGAAUGUCUGGGCUACGGCAAGCUGUUUGUAUGGAACCGCGGAGUUGCAAGUCGUGGGAAGAUGAUGGGGAAAGGGUAUGAGGAGAAGAUGGAGCAGAGUCCUGCUGGUGUUGCUGCUGCGACAGAAGGGGCAGCCAAGACUCAAGAUGUACCGCCGACUUUGGUAUGGCAACACGAGGGUUCGUCACAACAACAACAAUCAUCGGACAAUGAUUUCGAAAUGGUGCCGGCCAGUUCGGUACCGGACUUCUCCCGGAUGUCCGAACAGGAGCAGAAUCAGACCAUGGCGAUGACUGCUGUACAACCGCAGAUGACGGAUCCUCUAGUCAAUGAUCUCGAUCGUAACUCGCGGUACUAUCUGUACCACUUCGCGACACAGUUGUGCGAAGUCAUGGUUGUAUACGAUGAACCGGGGCAAAACCCUAUCCGCGAUCUCAUCCCCGCUACAUCUGCUUAUCCAUUGCUCCUGCAGAUCAUUGUCGCAAACUCAGCAUUUCACGUCUUCAACAUAACACGCAACCCGAUGGGUCAGUCGGCCUAUCAAGGCGAGCAAAGUCCAACGGUAAUGGCAUACUACCAAGCUGUAAGCCGGUUUGGUGGCCCGUUGAAGUCGUCCUAUAGGGACGCACUCGUGGCGAAGCAACAAGCGCUAUCCCUACUGGCAAAGAGUGUGACCUCCGUGAACACGUCAAACAUUGACCUCAUCUUGAUCACUAUUCUGCUUUUCGUUAACUAUGCUCUGGUGGAAUCAGGCAGAGACAAAUGGAAGGUACACAUGGACGGGGCGCUAAAGCUCAUCAAACUCCUAGGGGAACCGCCAUACCUCCAGCGACCGAUGAGCAGACUUCGGCAAACAAUUCUUUCUGACUUUCUUGUAUUCUACAUUCUUGGUUCAACCUUCACUUUUACGACACUCCCCGCGUUAAUCCCAGAGACUAUCGAGCUGGACCCUAUCCUUCGAUACGCAGAAACAAACAACUACCUCUCCUGUCCCGGGCCGCUGUUACGCGUAAUGCUCGAGUCCUUCGCAUUGCCGGAUACACACGGCUCGCCUUCCGGAACAAGCACCCCCAUAUACCUCCAACAGCAGGUCGGCGUACUACUUCAACGCGCUCUCGACUUUGACCCUAUCGCAUGGUCCGUCGACUUUGAGCGCGCCUCACCUCUCGACGACAUCCAAAAGCGCAUCCGUAUAGCCUCCGCCCAUCGCUCGGCAGUCUGCAUCUAUCUCGCGCGCGUCCUCCCCUCUACAAAUCCUCUUCUUGAUCCAGCGAGUGGCGAAGCACUUGUUAGUCUCACCGCUCUCGCUGAUGACGUUGUCCAGCAUAUCUCACACCUCAAGCCGGGCGAUGCGCUCUUCAAAUCGAUUUGUUGGCCGUUAUUCCUUGCGGGUGCUGAGAGCGAGGAUCCUAGUCAGCGUGAGUGGAUUAUGAAUACACUAGACGAGUUGUAUGGCCAGAUGUUUUGGGGUUAUUUGCAUACGUCUAAGCGAGUGCUGGAAACUAUCUGGCGAUUCAAAGAUGAAGCCGGGGUUGGGGUGGGGAACUGUUGGGUGGAAGAGGUUAAGGAUCUUGGUAAUGAUAUCCUGAUCGCUUGA